AUGAGGGUCAUUGGCUAUGUCCUUCAUGCGAUCUUUAGGGAAAUAACUACAGUAAGAAUUUCGAAAAAUCGUAAUUCUAUUCGGAACGCUUCCGAUUCAUCGAUCGCUGAUACUGGGAGCGGUACUAGCAAUCGCUAUGAGCUGCUUAAUGGUUACAAUCGAAAUUCGGAGCUACAAACUGUAUCAAUUGGACGAAGUAUU